AUGUGCAACUUGUUCUCACUCAAAGGGCUUGUCGGAAUUAUGGCGUCUGAUUACUGCAAUCGCUCGACAGAAUUAUUGCUCUGCGCCAAGCUACUUCACCAAAAGGUGAUGUCGGGCCGUGUCGCCCUCAGGCCCCGCAAAAGCCGGCCAGGUGCUGUGGCUGCCUUUUUCGCUCCAACCCUGCUUAAAACCCAACUCCUUCCACUUGUUCACCAGGCAUCGACCAGUCUAACUCUGGGCCAAGCAAAAAUGGACCAGUUGGUCAAUCUGACGGAACGCCUCUCAACUUCUUCCAUACCGGAUACCCUCUUGGUAGCCAGAAUUUCUACACUGGUGCAAAAGCUUCAACCCGAGGUGGUAGCCAUCAGCACUUUUUUGCAACGCGUGGCCAGCGUAUCGACCCAGGUACAGCGCGAGUUGGCGGGCCAUCCCCAGGUCUGUAAGCACGUAAAAGCGCUGGUGGCAUCGCAGGAGGCGCGUCUGGCUGAGCUAUCACGGCGGCUAAGGGACUUUAUGGAAGCUAAUAGGGCCAUCGUCUCCGAUCAGUGUGAAACUCCGACGGCGAUGCCUCCUCCUCCGAAGACGUUUCUUUCGUCGUCUUCCUCGGUUUUUCGUCUGUCGUCCACCACACGACCUUCAAUACAGGCGGCAUCUUUUGGGGAAAAGCUUAGAGACGACUCAAAUCCUCUUACCGCUGAUGCUCAGUAUCUUUUGCAACAGCAGCAGAUGGUUGUGCGUCAGCGCGAGGCGACGUCUGCAACGUCAGCAGCGGCAAUUCGGCACACGGAGGCUACCAUCGUGCAAUUGGGACAGAUCUAUGAGCAGUUUGCCUUUCUGGUGCGUGAGCAGGCUGAUGUGGUGAUGCGCAUUGAUGGCCAUGUCGAAGACGCCGCCGCCAACGUGGAUUUGGCCCACGGAAGUCUGGUGGAGUUUCUGCAACAUGUCUCCGAGCGCCGUGCAUUCAUACUCAAGUUCUUCACCGUCCUUCUCGCCAUCUUUUGUAUUGUUCGUGCCUUUCUUGGACUAGAAAGGACUAUCAAUAUGUCCACCGAGGAUUCAACACAGCUGGUGGCAAAUGAAAGCGGCGGCGGUGGUGAAUUUGUUAAGCUGCCUCAGAAGCGUCUAUAUCGCCAGAGAGCACACUGCAAUCCCUGGUCCGAUCACUGCCUUAGCUAUCCUGUGCGUCCCGAUCUCUGCCAUUGGGGUGAACUUUUCGACGGCAAAGCUGUUCCUUCGGUCAGUAUGGUUGACGUUGGAUGCGGCUACGGUGGCUUGCUCUUCAGUCUCUCCACGCUCUUUCCCAAUGCACGUAUUGUUGGGAUGGAAAUUCGUCUCAAGGUCUUUGACUACGUACAGUCCAAAAUCAAUGCAAUUCGUCAGAGCCACCCUGGGAGUUUUCUGAAUAUUGCGUGCAUUCGAACAAAUACCAUGAAGUAUCUGCCUAACUUCUUCAAAAAGGGUCAACUGGAGAAGAUGUUCUUCCUUUACCCCGAUCCACACUUCAAGCGUCACAAACACAAGUGGCGCAUCAUCAGCCUGGCCCUCCUCACCGUUUAUGCAUACGUGCUGCGCCCUGGCGGUCGUAUUUACACCAUGACGGACGUCCCCGAAUUGGCACAGUGGAUGGAGGAUAAGUUGAGUGUACACCCGCUUUUCCGUCAGUGCCACCAUCUCUGCCUCCCUGUCAGUGUUGAAACAUUGGAGUCACUGGAGUCCGCGAGCGUGGAAGAUGCCACUGUGGGUCUCCUGGCCAGUGGGGUGACUGAGGAGGGGCAGAAGGCCGCAAGGGAUGGUCGAGGAGCCACCAUCUCUGUAUUUGAAAGGAUUUCUAAUCCACCGAUGGCAGAGGAAAUGGGUAGCUUCCGUAUAUAG